AUGGAAGAUGAAACAAAACUAGCAGAUAAGGAGAGAUAUCAACGAAUGGUGGGAAAACUGAUAUACCACUCCCACACUCGUCCAGAUAUAGCUUAUGCAGUAGGAGUGGUGAGUCAGUUUAUGCACCAGCCCCUAGCGAGACACAUGGAAGCAGUAUUAAGAAUCCUCAGGUAUCUCAAGGGAACAACAGGUCAUGGUAUAGUGUUUAAAUCAAAUGGGCACCUAGAAAUCCAAGCUUAUACAGACGUCGACUGGGCAGGGGAUAAAGGAACGAGAAGGUCAACCUCAGGAUACUUCACCAUGGUCAGAGGAAAUCUUGUUACCUGGAGAAGUAAAAAGCAAAAGGUAGUCGCCCUAUCUAGUGCAGAAUCCGAAUUCCGAGGGGUUGCAUGUGGCCUAGCAGAGAUUUUGUAG